AUGCCCAAUUGCAACACGAAGCCUCAGAGCUCUCAUCUACUCCCUCGUUUCGCAACGGCAACACACGCUUCCGGCGCUAUGUUCAAUUCCACGCCACAGUCCGUAAACGGCACAAGCGCUCAUAUACAAACCAAAGCCUUGCAGACCGACCUCAACAGUUCGACAACCUCCGCCACCGCGCCCGUCGCCAGCCUGACAGGCGUAGGUGACUACAGCGGAGUCGAUUUCAACGCCUUCUCGGUCCUCGGUGAUCCACUAACCGGCGGCAUCGCUUCUUAA